GUCGACGAUUCAAGGGACUACUUUCACUUCGUCUCUCUCCUCCUCUGCAACGACCGGGCGGUCCCUCUGUCUCUCUUCGUUUUCUUCGGCGUCUCCGCCUUUGUCUUCGUGCUCUUCCUUUGUCUUCGGAGUUGGAAAAGAGGGAAAGCAGAAUCUUCUCCUCUGCUGGAUGCUUGUGCUCUUUUUUCCCUCCCUUUCGUGUAGAUUCGGUUGAUUCCGGCCGGGGAUAGUGGUUGGGCGUUUGAAACACCUGGGAUGAGGUUUUGAGCGGGAAAGACAGAGAAAUGCAGAGCCGGGGAUCGAGCAGCCGGCUGACCGGUUUUGUUCGGCGGUCGAGGAUCUCCUCUCUGAUGCUCUCUAUGCUCGCGAUGAUGUCGACGAUUUACGUUGCGGGAAGACUCUGGCAGGAUGCAGAAAACAGAGUCUAUCUUAUUAAGGAGAUGGACCGGAGAACUGGCCAGGGACAUCCAGCUAUAUCUGUUGAUGACACCUGGAAAAUCAUAGCUUGCAAGGAUCAAAAGAAGAAGUUAUUGGCCCUUGAGGCAGAGCUUGCUACAGCUAGGGAAGAAGGCUUUGUUGCAAAAUAUACACCUAAUAUGAACGGGACAUAUCAUAAACGAAGGGUAUUUUUAGUGGUUGGAAUUGCAACAGAAAUUUCCCAUAAGAAGAACCGGGAUGCAAUUCGGCGGUCAUGGAUGCCUACCGGAGCAGCAUUGAGAAAAAUGGAAGAAGAUAGAGGAAUUAUUAUACGUUUUUUUGUAGGAAAAAGUGCACGCCGCCAAGGUAACACUACUGACCCAGACAUUGGUGAGGAGAAUGCCAAGACUAAUGACUUCAUCAUUCUUGAUGAUUAUAUUGAAGACUCAGGUGAGCUUCCUAGAAAAACAAAAUCAUUCUUCGUUCAAGCUGCAGAUAGUUGGGAUGCAGAGUUCUAUGCAAAGGUUAAUGAUGAUGUGUUCGUUAACUUAGAUGGUUUGGUUUCUACACUUAGAACAUAUCAGCGUGAGCCUCGUGUUUAUGUGGGUUGCAUGAAAUCUGGUGAAGUUUUCACUGAACAGAGUCAGAAAUGGUACGAACCAGAGUGGUGGAGGUUUGGUGAUGGCAAAUCGUACUUCCGUCAUGCUGCUGGACAAAUGUUUGUUUUGUCUCGAGCAGUGGCACAAUUCGUGUCCAUAAACAAAGCCUCUCUCCUGACGUAUGCCCAUGAUGAUGUUACUAUUGGUUCUUGGAUGAUUGGUCUGGAUGUCAAACACGCUGAUGAAGCUAAGUUUUGCUGUUCAUCAUGGUCUCCAGGUGCCAUAUGUGCGACAGUGUGAUCUUUGUAGAGAAAGACCAGGUAUGCAGUGACUUGGAACCAUGAUCUUUCCUGAAAACACUGGGUUUGUGUGGCCACUGCCUGCUAUUUGCAACUUCCAGAAUCUUUCAGAUGGAUCAUCCAUCAGAGGCCCUGUUUACUAGUCGCAAUUACAAAAUUUAGGUCUUGACAUGCUUUGCCGAGGCUGAACAGAAGUUCUUUUAAGAGAUGGGGGUUUUCUUAAGCUAAUGAGAUACAUGGACAACAGAAUCAUUCAAUGCCGCUGGUCAGGUGGAACUAGCCUUCGGGGCUCCCAAAUAUGUCAAUUGUUUUUCAUUCUUUCACUGUAAUGUAGUGCAAUCUCCAUUCUUUGCUUGUUGGUUUCAUUUAGAAGCCCAAGCUUGAGAACCUUACAUUCAGUUUUCUCAUCAUUGGUGAUUUUUUGGUCCUUUUACUUGAUUUUUUGCUACUUUUGUUUGUUACGACUCUCAAUUUACGAGCAAAGAAAUUUUAGUGUGCCACUUUACUGAGGGCAAUGAUUA